GGAAGUUGCAGUAGAUAUUGCGUCGCGGAGAAUUGUGACACUUUUGGAAUUCGAUAUGGAAAGUUCUGUGGUGUAGGGUGGAGUGGUUGCCCUGGAGAGAAGCCCUGCGAUGAUCUUGAUGCUUGUUGCAUGGCUCAUGAUGAAUGUGCGACCAGCCAUCCUCCAGCUAUCCACAAUGGGCUCCCAAGUCUCCAAGCAAAUCGAACGCCGGAAAGCCAUUGCCGCCGAGAAGAAAAUCCUAGCCGACCUCCUCUCCAACUCCGGCGAUCUCUUCCCCGGCUCCGACUACCGCCCCUCCAACCGCUCCAACUGGAUUUCCCAGCUCGGGGAUCUCCAAAAACUCCACCUCUACCAGAUCGUCUGGCCCGGCACCCACGACUCCGCUACAGACUGCAUCGGCUUCCCCUUCAUCUCCCGCCCCUUCGCCCAAUGCCAAUCCCUCUGCAUCUACGACCAGCUCACCCUCGGCGCCCGUCUGAUCGACAUCCGGGUCCAACAGGACCGCCGCGUCUGCCACGGCGUUCUCAAAACUUACCCGAUCGACCACGCGCUCGACCAGAUCAUCAGAUUCAUCUCCGAUUCGCCUUCCGAAAUCGUCAUUCUCGAGAUCCGAACCGAGUUCGGCUACGAAGAUCCGCCCGGCUUCGACUCCUUCUUAAUCGAUCGUCUCGGCGACCAUUUGAUCCACCACGACGACUCCCUCUUCUCACGCACCGUCGCCGAGAUUCUUCCCAAACAGAUCAUCUUAAUAUGGAAGCCGCGGAAGGCGCCGCCGCCGCAUCCCGGCGGGGCGGUGUGGAGCGCCGGGUAUCUUCGCGAUAACUGGAUCGAUACAGAUUUGCCUAAUACUAAGUUCGAGAGCAACAUGAAGCAUCUAGGACAGCAGCCGGCGGUGGUCGGGAGGAAGUAUUUUUACCGGGUGGAGAACACGGUGACGCCGCAGGCGGACAAUCCGGUGGUGUGCGUCCGGCCGGUGACGGGUAGGAUUCAACCCUAUGCUCGGCUUUUUAUUUCGCAAGCUUUUGCUCGGGGAUUUGGGGAUCGUUUGCAGGUUUUCUCUACUGAUUUUAUUGAUGAGGAUUUUGUGGAUGCUUGUGCUGCUCUGACUCUUGCUAGAUUGGAAGGGAAGGCAUGAUAGAUAGAUAGAUCCUUUGGGUGUUUUUCUUGGGAAGAUUUUUACAUACAUACCACUCAAUUUUUUAUGUUUUUACAUUUAUAACAUCUAAACUUCAAUUUUUUACACAUUCAACCCUUUACCUAUGGGUUAAAAUGUGUAUUUUAAAUGUGGCAUUUUUUUAUGUGAUGUGAAUAGAGG